AUGUCAAAACCUGUGAACACCUCGCAAGAGGAAUUCCGGCUUAUCACCAUCGAUUCCUGCUCCACUUCUAAUUUCAUGAGUUGCACCUUAGAGACGACGUCUCUACGAGAUAUGACGCAAGCCUAUCGCAAAUUUGUCCAGCAGCGAUCCUCUGCAGUACCAAGUCUCACUGCCGUGCUUGCAGACUGGCUCGGGACGGGAAAUGUUGGGAUAUUCCCAGACUCAACACACCACCGGUUUCAGUGGGGCGACUAUUGUGCGUUAAGCUAUGUAUGGGGCAAUACCAAGGACACUACAAACAUUUUCGUCAACGGCGUUGAGACGCAGGUUACCAAGAACCUGGCAGAAGCAUUACACAGACUUCGCGAGACCGGGCAGUUUUCAGGUCGGUUUCGGCUUUGGGCAGAUGCCUUGUGCAUCAAUCAGAAAAACAACGUAGAGCGCAGUGCACAAGUUGGGGCUAUGCGAAUAUUUUACUCACAGGCCUGGUCGGUAAUUGGUUUUCUGGGGCCGCAAGAAGACGAGAGCGACAAAGCUUUGGAUCUCAUCGGUGCUCUAUCGGACAUCUACCACUCCAACGAGAAGUGUGAGGAGCUGCGGGAGAACAUGAUGCAGGAGAAGUAUUCGCAUGUGCCGGGAAGCUGGCUUGCUCUGAAGCGUCUAACACUACGUCCAUACUGGGAGCGGCUAUGGAUCAUGCAGGAGCUCGCACUGGGCGGUGCAAGGACGGUGUUGAUCUGUGGCUCAAAACGCGUGAGCUGGCAGACGUUUUGCCGUGGCUUAGGCGUCAUCCAAUUCUACCUUUGGGUUCCUCGACACAAGGCCAUCGACUACGAUCGCCAGGCGGAACCCAGCUCGAGGGACAACGGCAACUGGUACGACACUCGCACACUGGACCAUAUCUGGAAAGACCUAUGGCAACUGACUCAAGUCCAAGAGUCUAAUUCCCAUGCUGCAAAUCUGACCAGGCUAAUGGAGAUGGCAAACUCGUGCAACUGCUCCGAUGCUCGAGACAAAGUCUACGGCUUGCUCGGUAUCAUGGACCCACUGCUCGCCCGAGCCAUUAUCCCCGACUACACUAGUGAUGUGGCGACAGUGUUUAUCCGGACAGCGGACGCGUACAUCUCGACGUACCGUAAUCUUGAAUUGCUGCGGGAUGCCAACCUAUGGGGCAGAGUCGACACUCCUUCUUGGGUGCCCGACUGGACAUGGAGUGGACGAAGUCGCGACAGCCGACCUGAUGAUUUCUUCCAGCCCGACUUCGCCCAGCGCGAGAACGGCGACGGCACCAUGGAAGCGCGUUCCUAUUGCGCCGAUCGCGGCCUUCCGUUCGCUUUACCUCGACGUACUGGUCGCUACCUGGUAAGCCAAGCAGUAAAACUCGACACCGUCGAUGGUCUUGGGUACACUCCCGAGGCCGAAAAUCCAGCCAUGAUACAGUCACAAAUACUAUCAAGCAGCGCAUAUGGAGAUUCCAACACUAUUUCAACGCAACUGUCCAUUGCGCUUUACGCAGGCCGAAGACGCAGAAAGGAAGACUCACAAGCCCUCUUGAACUUUCCACUCACGCUAGAAGAUGCCGAAAAACAAUUCCGUACACUCAGGUGGAAACGUUUCGUGUAUGAUUUGGAUUACUAUUAUAGUAGAUGGACCACGUGGUUUUCCAGCAACGCUGAUCUCCUGGUAGGAGGACGGCAUCUGCGAACCUACUUCUCCGGAAAGAUCCCAGACGAUGCAGAUGUCUAUGAUUACUGGUCAGCGUAUCAGGGGUGGGUGAGAACUGCUCUCGCGGGUCCUCGAAGGUUGGUGACCACAACCGCUGGCCGUAUCGGGUGGGUGGAAUGUGCCAGAGGUGUUCAAGUGAACGAGGAGCUGGAAGUACGUAGAGGGGAUGUCUUUGCAGUCUUUCCAGGAUGCUCAACGCCGAUAUUGCUUCGGCCAAGCAAGGAGAGUGACGUCUUUCAAGUCAUCGGAGAAGCUUAUUUGCAGGGCGUUAUGGAGGGCGAAGUAGAAGAGUUGGUUAGGAGCAAACAAUGCGAGUUGCAGUGGGUUCGACUUUGCUAA